AAAAGGCGAGGGCACAUAAAAUACUUUUGAUUUUGGCUUUUUGUCUAUCACUGUAGCAAUAAUCAACACUGCGAAUGCGAUGAGCAAAAACACACCUCGAUUGGGAGUUCGGAGAUAGUGCGACCAGGGGCUAUGGCUUCUCAAUCCUCGUCUCUUCCCAUUUCCACAGUUCAAACCGCUGGUGGUGAAAUUGCACAACCGGAAAAUGUUGAUCGGCAGAAUAGUGUAGAGGAGCUUGGUAAACAAAGUUCAGACACAUCUGUGUUUGUUAACUCAGAACCAAUGCGCGAAGAACAAAUUCAGAAUGCUGUGAAAUUUCUGUCGCACCCGAAAGUUAGAGGUUCUCCUGUCAUCCAUAGGCGGUCAUUUCUGGAGAAGAAGGGCCUUACGAAGGAGGAGAUUGAUGAAGCCUUUAGGCGUGUGCCUGAUUCAGCUCCCAGUGUGCAGACAGCUGGUGUAAUUCAAGAUGAACAAUUAAAACCAUCUUCAAACAUUCAUCAGCAAAGCCAACCACAGGCUUUGCAGACGACUAUACCAGCUUCUACUGGUGUUAUUACUUCACUGGGAACUUUGUCACGCCGCCAUUUUCACUGGUCUCAUGCCCUUAUUGCCGUUGGAUUACUAGCUACUUCUGGUGCUGGUACAGUUAUACUAAUUAAGAAUUCUGUUCUUCCUUGGUUAAAAUCCUGGUUGCGCAAUGUUGUGCUAGAAGGGGAAAAUAACCAAUUAAAGAGAACAGGCUCAAAACCAACUUUGGCAGAAGAAGCUGCACAGGCGGCAAAAGCAGCUGCAGUUGCAGCCGCUGAUAUGGCAAAAUCUAGCCAAGAAUUAUUGACUUCUAUAAUUGAAGAGAAAAGAUAUUUUAUACAAGUUGUGAGCCUUUUGGAUAGGCAAGUGGAGGAAAUGAAGUUGAUGAUCAAUGCAGUAAAAAGAUUGGAAGCUUCUGGUGGACUCUCUGUCUCCAAGCAAGAAGAUCGCCAAGUCACUCAAACAAGUUCAAAGAUACAGCAGUCUGUCCUUUAUGGGAAGUCAGACUACGAGUCCCAAUCAGUGAGAUCUUCAUCCUCUCCUAAAUCUCUUCAACCAUCUACUGCUCCGCAUCCAAAAUCAUAUUUGGAGAUAAUGGCCAUGAUCCAAAGAGGAGAGAAGCCUUCUAAUAUUAGAGAAAUUGAUGAUUCAGCCCCCAACCCUUAUCAGCAACCAUCAAACCCUCGCUUAGCCCCUAAAGCGAAGCCUUGGGAGGUUAGUCAGGUGCAAAACACCUCAUCCCAAGUCGUCCAGUAUCAAGCAAAUGGCAAGGUCCAAGAUAGUGGUGGUGACAACUCAGUACCCUGGUGGCAAGCGAAGGACAUCAGAAUCAAAGAGAUUGAUAACGAAGUUGAAUAUAAUGUAGCAUCUGCUGCAUCCAGUCAGCAGCCAGUCCAACGAUUGUGGGUUCCUCCUCAACCACCCCCUAUAGCAAUGCGGGAGGCUGCCGAAGCAAUCAGGCGCCCAAAAUCAGUCGUCCAAAAGGAAGCAAUUCAGGAUGAUCAGUCAGCACCAAAUUCUUCAGAGUUCUCUAAUGGAUCCAAUUCCGAAGAUGCUAUAGAAGGCAACGGCAUCGACUCACUUAUCAGCUCUGGUGAGAUCCAAAAUCAUGAAUUCAAUUACGAAGAAAAAUAAAUGUAGAUCUUUGUAUUAGGUCAUCUUGAUUCAUCAUAACAAUACAUGAAAUUGGAUCUAGAGGUCUCUAAGUUGUGGAAUAGCUUGAUAUGGUUCAGCUUUUAUUUCUA